AGGACCGGGGCACUUCGUCUCCAGCCAAUGGGACAAACUCUGGGAGAUCGAACCCUAAGCGAUGCACUGAUAGACACACUGAUACACAGCCAGGCACGCAGACCCCACCAAAAGUUACCAAUGUUAGACCCCGGCUCAAUUGACAUCUCGAUAGCGAUACAUUUUGUACAUUUUCUUGCACGCCUUUCCCCCAGCACGUCACCUUCUCACCUUCACAACUCUACAUACACCAACACCAACUCUUCGAGGAUCGCACCGGUAUCAAAAAAGUCAAGAUGUCGGACGUAGAAGAGAACAACGCCCCCGAUGCCCCCGAGGAGGUUGAAGUUUCCGCCGAGGCCUCCAAGGGCCAGAUGUCCGUUCUGGAUGCCCUCAAGGGUGUGCUGAAGCUCGCCCUCAUGCACGAUGGUCUUGCCCGUGGUCUCCGUGAAGCUUCCAAGGCUCUUGACAGACGCCAGGCUCACAUGUGCGUCCUCAACGAGACCUGCGAGGAGGAGGCCUACAAGAAGCUCGUCAUCGCCCUGUGCCAGGAGCACAAGAUCCCUCUGAUCAAGGUUCCCGAUGGAAAGCAGCUCGGCGAGUGGGCUGGUCUCUGUGUUUUGGACCGAGAGGGUAAUGCUCGCAAGGUCGUCAACUGCUCCUGCGUCGUUGUUAAGGACUGGGGUGAGGAGUCUACUGAGCGAUCCGUCCUCCUCAACUACUUCCAGACUGAGCAGUAAAGGGUUGGCCGGCGUUGUGAUGGGGGUAUAGACUACUGUGAACCGAGAUCCUUUCCAUCUUGAGUAAAUACUCUGGGUGUAUUCUGGUUCUCUCAGCCGAUAUAGAUGCUGGAGAUAGGAAACCCCACACACAUCGGAAUCAAAUAAAAAAAAUCCCGUUACAACAAACCAGAUGUUUGAGUCCACUGCCAUUGUCCCCGGGAACCGUAAACAUGAUGAUAAGCAUCAAGCAUCAUACUUCACACCUUUAUAACCGCUUGUCUACCACAAUAA